CGGCGUUGGGUUCAACGAUGCUGGAGAACUGGGAUUCUCUAGCACUGCGACCCUAUAUCAGUCAUUCCCAUAUUGACCCAACGACAUGGCACCAGAACUUGGUUCGUACCAGUACGUCCCGGAGACGAAGGAAAUCCUUGACUGGGCCGACCUCGUAACGUUGGACCUCAGCAAAUACGGAACGCCGGAGGGUAACAAAGAGUUGGCCAAGUUCCUCAUUGAUGCUAUACGCGAGAAGGGUUUCUUCUACGUCAAGAACUUCAAUAUCUCGCAGGAACGGGUCAAUAGGCAGUUUGCUCUAGGAAAGGAAUUCUAUGAGCUGCCGCUGGAGGAGAAGCUAAAGUAUGUCCCUGACCUUGAUAACGGGAAGUUCAACGGUUAUACGCCUGCUGGACGUCGAAUAAUCGACGAAGCCACGGGUCUGAGGGACCGCAUAGAAAUAUACAAUAUUCCGAAAUUUAAUGGCCACUUUCCUCAGAAGCACCCGGCAGUAGUGCAAGAACGUAUAACUGAAAUUGAAGAGUUUGCUCGCGCUUUACAUACCGAGGUCCUGGAUCCCCUUUUCGUGUUGUUGGCGAUCGCUCUGGAACUGCCCGAGGAUUACUUUACCAACAUCCACAGGUAUGAAGACAAGAGCGAGGAUCACUUGCGGUACAUGAAGUACUCCAAGUACUCACCGGAGGAGACUGCUAGGUUGACGAGCUGGGUACAGGGACAUACCGACCUGGGAAGUUUCACCCUUCUAUUCCGUCAACCCGUCGCUGCUCUGCAGAUCAAAGACCAUAGCACCGGCGAAUGGAAAUGGGUAAAGCCCCAGGACAGGACACUCACCGUCAAUGCCUGCGAUGCACUGUCCUUCUUGACCGGGGGAUACGUAAAGAGCACUAUCCACCGCGUGACAAUUCCGCCGAAAGAUCAGCAGCAUGUAGAUCGUCUGGGCCUGCUGUAUUUCUCAAGACCUCGCAACGACCUCAAGCUGUAUACUGUUAAGUCUCCAUUGUUGGAGCGCGAGGGUUACACGCAGAACGAGUUCGAAGCAAGCGGCAACCCCGUGCCUACAAUGGAAGAAUGGACCUUCGCCAAGCAAAAGUGGCAACGCACGCCCAACAGAAGUUAUGCGGACAAUGCGUACCGAACUGCUACUAUUCUUCCUGGCUUUAAGGAGAAGAUCUAUGACGAGGUACCAGGAAGCUCGCCGGCUGUCCCGGUAUCCGCUUGACGGGCCUUAUUUCAUUAUGAGACAGCGGUGAAGCUCGCAGUAUCUACUAGCUUGCAUCGGUAUCUGUACGAAAUCAAGCUGAGGUAGUGAUACACACAAUCAACUGUUCAAAUUCUCGCGUGCCUUUGCGAGACAUCGGGGUCAACAAUUGUUCUAUAGUAACGGCUCGUACAUACUGUCAGUUAGCACGCAGUAUGACAUUGAGGGUUAGGC